AUGAGCACCUCCGGCAACACUCCAGGCUGUGGCCCGCUGGACGCAGAACAACACACCGACAAGCAUCCAACUUGCUCCCCGCAGCAACUCCCUCCGCAUCGCAGAAGAAGCGCCGACGCCGUCGAGCGCACACCUCCGACGACAAGAAUCUACAACGUGCUGUCUUCAUCAGAGAAGAUCAACGGAACGAGAAAGAAACCUCACCCUUUCCAGCGCCAUCGUUUCCAGCUUCAAGAUGGCGUGUGGGGCAACGAUGGAAAGAAGACAGACCCGAACGCGAGCCUGCAAACCAUCACAGAGGGCUUUAGUGGCCUGCGUCUCAACUGCAAGAUUGGAUUGAAGAACCUGUUCGCUCCUCGCUCGUCGAGCAGAUUUGACUGGUACUUCAAGAACCUCGACAGGAAGAGGAAGCGGAGCAUUCAGAAGAAACGGCUGCGGCAGAUACAAGGUGAACAAGGGGAGGCAAGCCGUGGAGCGGGCCAAGAAGGCGGAGGGCUUGAGCAGCAGAAGGACCAGCGGGAUAUGGACAUGGAGGUUGAGUAUGUCGAGGCCGAUGAUGUGGCCAGCUUGAGUCAAGGGACGGAUGUGUCUAGGAGACAUUCGAGCUGA